UAAUUAAAAAAAAAUUUUGGCACUUCACAUUGUUCUAAAUUCUCGUUUAAAUAUGCAGCGAAAACCGGUUUCUAAACUAGCAAAACCGACUAAAAAAACCACCCAAAAUGCCGGCGAUAAACCGGCGGAAGGAACCGUAUCGACGAAAAUACUACCCCCAAGAGGCCACACCGGGUUGCCGACGGACUGGAAGGAAAUCGAGAAAAACGUUUUUCUUUGCUCGGGUUCCUACAGCCAAGCACACAAAAGAUUCAAGGGGCAUAACCAACAAAGUGCCGCCACGUGCAUAGUCGCCUGCUCGUUCGCAGCUCUGCGAAAAAUGAACAGCUGGACCAGAGACGUCCUCGACCAGAUCCUCCAAACCGGCAACGACUUGCACAUAAAGAGCAAAAACAUGUCCAGCAACCGGUGCCUCGAUCACAUGAAGCCCACCCAAAUUUACAACUACUUCUUCUUGGGAAACUUGAUCAUCUCCAUGCGGAUCGGGGUCGACGCCACCAGCGCUAGAAUCUCCAGAGACUCGACCAUCCUCCAGAAAAUCGAAGACAUGCUGGUGGAGUUCUUCACCCAGCACCCGUCCGGGAUUGUAGCUUGUGUGCACUCGUAUUUCGCCAUCUGGAAGGUCGAAGGACGCUUCUUCAUUUUCGACCCGACCGAACACAACCUGGAAGGCGGAAAGUGGAUGGGACUGCCCGGAAUGGGGUACUGCUACGCCCUCAGAAGCAACCAAGCCAAGACUAUUGCGGACGUGGUCUUGAAGAACUGCCCCCUCAAGCAGAUUAAUCGCUUCACGGUGUACCCUUGCGGCUUGGACAAGUACGUCGAGGUCAACACCAAGCCGCCGCAAACCCUUUCAGAUGUCCAAGCGGUACCCCUGGAAGCAGGUAAAGCGGUGAGGAAAAACGUGCUAAGCCCGAAGAAGCACGUGAAGAAAAUAUCUGCCCCGAAACCAGCGGAAGCUGAGAAACCACCAGAAACUGAAGCACCAGCGACAGGUGCAGCUCCAGCGGAAGGACAAGAAGCCAAAACCGAUCCCGUUGAACCCAAAAAAUCGGUAUCUAAGUCGAUGAUUCCACCCGAACGACCCAGACUACAAAGUGUUACCAACUUCGUGGAGCUUCUACCCGGGAGAAUGGGGAUUUUGAGGGCUACUACGCACCAAAGGGACCCGAAGUUUACGAGGUACCUUGGAAAGCAGAGUGUGGGGAAUGCUAUAGCAGCCCACACUAUGUUGCGUCACUACCGGGCUAAGCAAUGGGUUAGGAAUGUCUUAGACGAUGUUCUUCGACUAGGGGAGCAUAUUCACCACGACAUGAAGAAACUCACACCUGGAUACAUCCCCGAGAAGGUCACCCUCUACGAAACAGAUUAUAGUCCGAAGGUGGAAAAGUACGGAGCUGUGGGUUUGAUUGAAUCUGGAGACGAUAAAAUUUUGAACUUGAGUCAGGCUUUGAACAACGCUCUGAUUGAUAUAGAUUGUUGUAUCUUGAAUGGUCCGCACAUUGUAGCUGUGUGGAAGCAAGAAAACAAAUUCUACAUGUUUGACCCUGAGGAGCGCAACCCUGUAGGUAAAUUGGUCGAGGUAGGUGAAGCGGGAGUUGCUUGUCUCACUUGGUACACCAGACUGGCGGAUUUGAUAGCCGUCUAUGUCGGAAAUCUUCCAAAAGAGAAAAGAAACUCGAGGUUCAUGCUUUGUAAAGUAGCCAUCAAGGAUUACGUACCACGGGCCGAAGACUGGUUCAACUACAAACCUCUCAAAAUAAACAAGUGGAUACUUCGAGGGACUUUCAACCAGAACGACAGAAGAUUUCCUCGAGAAAGUCGGAAUAGUCAAUGUACUGCGAAUGCCACGAUGGCGUUAACUUACAAGGAGCUUAAAGAGGAGAAGGAUUGGGAUCCGCAAACUAUGGAUGAGAUUUUGGUGAACGGCGACGAGUUAUACCGCAGCUGCGUGGAGUACCUCAAGGAAAUCGGGAAGUUUAAACACCCUCACUUGAUGAUCGACGAAAUAAAGACGUCUUUUAACGUAGCAAACAAGAUGAUAAAACUGGAAGUGAACGACUGUCUGGUGAACGGAGUGGUCAAUGCUAAGAACGAUUCUUGGGUACCGAAUUUGCUGAAAGGGUUCACCGAAUUCUUCGGGGAGAACGACGCCGGGGUUAUUACCGCGAACGACUUGUCGAUGGCGGUCUGGAAAAGAGACGACGUCUACUACUACUUCGAUUCGCAUAGUCGCGACUCAAGAGGCAUAGUUACAAGCUAUGGUACUUCUUGCAUUCUCCGGUUGAUGAACCUCGAGGACCUAGCGAACGCAAUGAAGGUUAAUCUAGGUACCAACAAAGAAAACUUGUACAAUAUAAGUCGCGUCGUGGUUAAAGUCUUCGACAUAACCGAAGAGGGAGUCACGAUGCAACCGCUCAACUUCUACGAAACCUUGAGUCAACUGGUGGCAAUUUUGCGCUCGAAUACGAGUCAAAAAGACAAGAAGUACGACAUUAGUGCCGGUAAACAGCAAGUACCGAUGUGUUUGGCGGCUCUGGCUUUCAACAGCGUCAGUCCGUCGUUAGAAUGGAGCAAGGAAGAUUUAGACCAAGUUCUCAAUCUCGGGGACAAACUUUACACGGACACUAUGGCGGCGAAUUACGCUGAAGGCGUCCCUGAAGAGCUCAACGUAGACGACGUGACCACCGCGAAUGUGUACAAGAAACUAAACAUCGGCCCUAACUCCAUUGAGAUAGAAAUAGAAGAGAACGCUUUCGGUAACUUGGAAGAAAACUUGAAGACGGCGAUGGAAAGUUUACACGAAAGAGUCAACGAACAAGGCCAUUCUGCCUUCCAGUCGAUUAUAGAGUCUCAGUAUAUGACGGCGUCGAUGUGGCGCGACGACAACUUGUUGUACUUGUUUGACCCGUACCCGCGCGACGAGAGAGGGCAAGUUUACGGCAAGGACGACUGGAGUGCUAAAGUGGAAAUAGUCGAGGAGGGAGAAGGCGAAUAUGAAGGUGAAGGCCCCCCCGACGAUGAAAACGAAGAACAAAUGCAACUGGCUGAGGGGCAAGGUGAAGAUGAUGAUCAGUGGGCGGCAGAUCAGAAUAGAGAUGAAGGCGCAGGCGGUGAUAACAUGGGGGAGCCUGAACCUGAACCAGAACUCGUGGGUCCUCCACCUUCAGAAGCCGAUGACCUUCCACCAGGGGAUGAACAGGAAGGUGAGGAAGCGGAAGAUGAAGAGGAUGAGGAACCAGUUGUGGAAAAGAAAGGGUCUGAGUUCUGGCGCCAACAAGAACUAGUCGGCAAAUCGUGCGUGUUGCGCUUUAGUCGCUUGGAGGACCUCAUCCAGCACAUUCUAGAGAACGCUCCUCCGAACAAACGUCAGGAAAUCGAGUUCACGUUGAAGACGGUGAAGCUUUCGAACACACCGGUGCUCCACGAGGUGUUCGACCCGGAAGAAGACGAGAAGAAAGACGAACUAGUCGGGGACUGGAAUCAGUUUAAGGAGUUCGACUAUGGGAGGUGGAUUUUGAGGGCGAAGAAAAACUUGAGAGACGGGCUUUUCCCGGUGGGGAACAGAGGCAAGCAGGCGCUCCCGAUGUGUCUCGUGGCUUUAGCCUUCGCUAGUUCGUACGCCUUAAGCAAAUUCACUGAAGAAGUAAUGGACAAUAUUCUUGCCUACGGUGACCGACUGUACACAUGCCUGUGGAAACUAAGAGGCAAACAACUCAAAGACAACAAAGAGCUUGCACUAACGGAAGAAGAGAUUGAGCAAAUUCUCAACAGCACUAAGUUUGAGCUUGAGGACUAUCCGAGGACCAUCUGCAUGAGGGACUUGCGCACCAAGUGGGAACCCCAAUUUGAAAUUGUUAAGGGCGACAUUACGUCCCAAAUACCCGAAGAGGUACCCAACUUGACUUUCGGGCUCACCACCUUCUUCGAAAUUUACACGUUUGGAAUUUUGAACUGCCGAGAUUACCCGGUUGGGAUCUUCAAAAAUGAAAACAUGUACCUCAUGUUUGACCCGCACGCCACUGGACCCUCUGGCGCUAAAUCUCCAGUGGGCGUCGGGUGCAUAACCCGAUUUAAAGAAAUCGAUCUUCUGGCUCAAACCUAUCUGGGUAACCUACCCAGAAUCGGCGACAACUUCUUCGUAAUACACGCCUUCACCUUCAGUAAAGACCAAUGCGUCAGACCGCGUGCUCCCGAAGAGAAAGAAGAGAAAACGCCUAAGGUAGGUGGUUUCAAGGAAGUUACCGCAGGCAAGGGUAUCCUCAGAGGUGACGUCAAGCUCGACUGCACCAAGUUCGACCGGGGUGUGCACAUCCACAGCGCCCCCAUCGCCUUCGUCGCUCUCGCUUUAUCCCUAAACAAAGACCCAGACACCUGGACUAGACUCAUAGUCAACGAAAUCUUAACAAUCGGCGAAGAACUAUACAACGAAACCCUCGAGAAACUAGGAGAGAAGUUCGACCCUUGGAGCAAACAGCUCGACGUCUGCAAAGUCAACACCGACUUCAUGAUCGGGCGCUUGAAAGUCAACGUCGCCAUCCGGUUCACCGAACAACGGGGAAUCGUCAACAUCAAGAAUUCGAAAACACCUAACUUGAGACAAGGGAUGGAGCGGUUCUUUGAAGAGAACUCCCACGGGAUUGUCGUCGCGGACAAGUUCAUCUUGGCUGUAUGGGAACAGAUGAAAGAGAAGAACGUCAGUAUUUACGUGUUCGACCCGAAUUCCCGCGGUGGUACCGGUUUGCCUGGUCAAGGAGGUGUUGCGUGCGUCAUGAAGUUCUGCAACGCCAAGAUGGCGUCGGACCACAUCAUGGCUUGCAUGAUGGACAUCGACAAGACUAAGACGGAGUUCGCGAUAGUUCCCGUCGAGAUUGUGGUGGGUUCGGUGCAUAUGAAGCCCAAAAUCUGCAAGAGCUUGUCGAAGCCGAAGAAACCCGAACCUAAAGGGUCGUCGACGUGUCACACUUGCUGCGAUCCCAACUGGACGUACGCACGAGCGCAGCAGCCGGUGGUUUCGACCACGGUGGUGUCGAAGAGAGCCCCCGCGUCCAUGAAAGCGCCGACGUGCCCUGAUAAGGCCACACUCUUGGAGCAGAAGAGACUCCUGCGAAAAGAGAUGUCGGAAUUGCGAGCGAUCAGGGAGAAGAAGCGCUGCGAGCUCUUGGGAAGGAACACGAUCUACGAAAUUAGUAGCAACCAGGCGAUCAUUCGCGGUCUGCGCCACAUGAUCAAAGACAGAGAUCUUCCAGUGAAUUUGGUCGCUUUUGUGUUUAUGAAGAUUGCGGUUGAUCUGUCCAAAUGGACGUACAGGCAAAUCGAGCUGAUUCUGGAAGCAGGGUAUCAGCUCUACGUGGAUUCUUACAACGCGUACAAACCUACCACUACCAAACUGGGACUUCAACACAUACUGAGGCGCAUCUUGUUGAAAGAUUUCGAAGCGAAGAUCGACGUUAGGAAACCUAUAGCCGGAGGCAGAUUCACGAGAGAAAAUCUUAACGUGCACUUGACUAACUUCUUUGUGAUUACGAAUUUCUGUAUUGUGAGCUUCGAGGACUACCUUGUUUCGAUUUACUUCAAAUCUGGCUACUACUAUUUGUUUGAUCCGUAUAGUAGGGAUCUGUUAGGUAAUAAAACAGAAGAUGGAAGUGCAAUGCUGAUGCGCUUCGGAGAUUUAACUGAGUUAGUCGAUAAAGUCGUCAAGAAUUUCGUACCGGCAGAACUAGCUGAUAACAUCGAGAAACGUUACGCCUUGAUUGUUGUGGGUCUGAUAAGUGUUACACCAAUUGGGAAAUAAUGUAAAGUCCUGUAUUGUAGUAUUUGAGAGUAAAGUCGAUUUCCGAAA